UGGCCAAGUGAGCAGUUUCUGCUGAAUUAACUUUUUUGGAUUUGGCCAAGAAGCAUUUUUGUUUGCACAACAUGAUACAGAGGAAAAGGAAAAGGAAACAAAAAAGAGGCCAAGCCCUUUCUGUGAAUCCUUUGCUGGAGGUUCACAUCACAUGACCCCCUCCCCACACAUAGGACUCCUCUGAGUAAAAACUCCUGCAGCUUUUUAGGUCAGGAAGGAUUACUGAGGAACCUCUUCCUUUUCUUCCCCCUUUAGUGAUACCCAGCUCUGCUGGACUACAACUCCCAUCAGAGAGUCUGACUACCUGAGAGGAUUGAGGGGAAGAGCUGCCCCCCCUUACAGCAUCUCGGAGCUGGGCAAAGGAAAAAGUCCAAGAUGUGAGACUGGAUCCUUGUCCAAUCAUCGCGCAAGGAGUAAUCUCCUGAUCUUUGGACUGACCCCUCUGCUUUAAGAAGCAGCUGCAGCUCCCUUCCUCCCCAGCCUCUGCUCUCCCUUCUGUGCUGGCCCUCCUGCAGGAAAGUGGCUCCACCUGUAACCAGCCAGCCUCCAGUAUUAAAGCCAGAAGGCAGUUGCUGACCAGAAGCUGCUAUGCACAGGGUGAUGCGUGCCAUGGGGCAGGUGGUCCUGUUGUUCCUGGCGAUGGCAACUGCCCAGGAGUCUAUGUUGAACGUCUGCAUGGAUGCCAAGCACCAUAAAACCAAGCCGGGCCCGGAGGAUAAGCUGCACGAGCAGUGCUCGCCCUGGAAAGACAAUGCCUGCUGCACACUCAACACAAGCCAAGCGGCCCACCAAGAUGCUUCCUACCUGUACAAUUUCAACUGGAACCACUGUGGGGCCAUGUCGCAGAAAUGCAAGAAGCACUUCAUCCAAGACACCUGUCUCUAUGAAUGCUCCCCCAACCUGGGCCCUUGGAUUAGCAAGGUGGACCAGAGCUGGCGGAAGGAGAGAAUCCUGGAUGUGCCACUGUGCCAGGAAGACUGCGAGGGCUGGUGGGAGGAUUGCCAAGAUGACAUGACCUGCAAAGAGAACUGGCACAAAGGCUGGAACUGGACCAAAGGAAUCAAUAACUGUCCGCUGGGCUCGAUGUGUCAGAAGAUGAAGAGGGUGUUCCCUACACCCCAAGAUUUGUGCGAGAAGAUCUGGAGCAAAUCUUACAAAUACACCACCUUCUCCCGGGGAAGCGGGCGCUGCAUCCAGAUGUGGUUUGAUCCUGUCAACGGCAACCCCAACGAAGCAGUGGCCAAGUAUUACGCGUCUUCAGGGGAGACCUUGGCCUUCCACUCAGCCCUGACUCUGUUGCUCUCUUCAGCCCUCCUGGGCCUGCUCUGAGGUUGAUAGCGACACUUGGCUCCCCAAAACUUUGGCUAACAUCAGCAAGGAGGGGAAACCCUCCUCCCCCGCCAUGGCAGGAAUCUAUGGGGCUUUGGAGCCCCCCGAGAUACAGCUGUUCAUCCAGACCUCUCACCCAAGUGCGUCUGCAGGAGGUUCUCGUGAACUCCUGCUCUCCUUUGGAUGGGAAGCUGACCGUGAUGUUGAUCACAAGAAUGCCACAUACAGAGGUGCAAGAAUAAAUAUUAAGUCUUCUACA